AUCAGACUUAUUAGACAGUGCCUUUUUUCGUAAGAGCUUGAUGACUCAGAGGCAGGCAUCAUCGCCAUGGCUCAGUUUGCAGAGGUUCUAGACAAAGUGCGGGCAGUUCUGACCUGGGCCUCUCCAGCUGAGGUCCAAGCUUUGCUGAGGGGUUUGGUGGAGGAGCAGAUCAUCUCGGAAACAUACAGCAAGAGCUUGAAUCUGAAUUGGCUUACGGAGCCUUAUGUGCUUGAAGCCGGAUGUGAGGGAGCUGUACAUUCUCCAGGACCGACCAUGGGCCAGCACCUUAACCAGACACAGAUCAGUCGGGUGAAGACUGGAGGAUCAAAAGCUGCUGUUGAUGACCUCAAGCUGGACGAUUUAAGGUGUGUCUCAUUUCUGGAUGGGCUUUACGGCACAAGACCAAGGACACAGAUGAACCCACUUUUUGAAUGUCAAGAUAUUUACAAAAUUAAUUCGAAGGAAAUUCAUGAAUUUAGGGAAGAGGCAGCAAAGGGAAAACACUUCCUCAGUCAAAGAGGCUUUUCUACAUUAAUAGCAUCCGAUUAUCAGUGCAGCCUUAGAUUCAGUAAUGAAGAAGUGCUGAGUGGAGAAAAACAAAUGCAGAAGCUUGUAAGUGAUAAUGAAAGGGUGAAUGAGGGGAAUUUGGAGAAUGAGGAGUGGUUAGAGCAGGUAGAGGAAGCUGCAAGGAGGAUGGCCAUUCCUUUGUGGCAGCACUGGGACAGAGGGCGAGAGAUGCUGCUGCCGCUGGUUCCCUUCAUGACUACUGGCUGCUCAACAAGUAGCAAAACGAUGUUGGACAGUGAAGCACCGUGCUCUGUUUUGGAUAUGGAAGAGGAAAUGGAGCUUGCAGCCGCUUGCAGGAUGCUUGAUGCUUACAUUGGUAGCCCUGAGUGUGCAGAAUCAGGGAUCACAAACUUCACACUUGAUACAGAAGCAGCUAGCCAUGAGCCAGAAAGGCUUUGUUUCUCUACACUCGACACCACGGCAAUAACUGGCUCAAACACGGAUCACUUCAGGAUCCUCGGAGCAGCAGGAAAUGCCUCACCUGUUGAAGCCUGCACAGCAACCGAAACAAACAACAUCACCGACAUGCUGGAGGGCCGUCAAGAUGUGUGCUGGUCGGCUGACAGGACAACAAACACAACAGAAGACCUGCUGUGUCUGACAGCAGAUGCACAAUGUAGAACAUUUUCUGGACCCUUAGAAAGUUCUUUAGAGGCACCUAAAGUUUCUAAAAAUGUUGCACAAGAUGACUCUGUUUACUUGAGCAUGAUGGAGGAGAUUACAGAUAACAAAGCAGAGGUUUCCAGGAGUGCAUAUAGAGCAGAAAACUUUGAUAGUGUGGAUUUACUUUGGGAUGCCAUGAUGCAGGAGAUGGAGCAAGACCUUCUAUUUGACUUUAAUCUACCAGAGGAUUUAUCUGAAUACAUGAAUGAGGAUUACAUUGAUCCAUCUGUGUUCUUAAAUGAUUUUGGGUUAAGUUGUAUGGAUGAACUCAACUCCUACAGUGACGUUCCUAUGGCAGACGUCCCUUGCCCAUCCAACAACUGCAAGCAAGGGAACAAACUGCUUGGUGAAAGUAAAAAAAGGAAAAAGAGACUAAGAGUUUCUCCAUCUCAACGGUGUACUAACAAGAAGAAAGCAAGAAGAACAAGAGUUAAAGAAACAGAUCUGGAAUCGGUGCCAGUUCCAAAAGAGGCUGUAAAAGACCUUCCCACCCCUCCAACAAAAAUCAUUCAUGUUAUUCCCUCCCAGCCAACAACUCCCAUUCCUAUCCAGUUCCUCGCAUUCCCUGACACUUCUAGAUAUCAGGUGGUCCAGCUGUCUUCUUCUCCUCCUGUUAUUAGACUUCCACUACCCAACACACCUGCCACACCUACGUACAUAUUCGUUCCUGCUACCUCACCACCCUGCAAACGUCAAAUACCACCACUCUCCCCAGCGAACGGCGCCGUAGCGCCAGUUCUGAUGAGUUCGUCCCCUUCAGGUUCUCGAUCAGACACGGCUAGCAAAGCCAUGUCUCCUCCUUGUGCUUUACCUCCUUCACCCAGUAAUGAGUCACCGCCAUGCAAGGAUUCACCUCAUUCUCCGAUUGUUCUUGACAUUCCACAAGGUGUAAGGGACUACAUCCGGGAAGCCAAAGCACAUAUGUGUGAAACUUGCCAGGAUAUGGAGGCAGGAUUGAGCCUGACUUCUCAUUACGUAGAUGUGCGAGUAAGCCAGAGAGAGAUUUUACGCUCAGGAAAAAACCCAAACAAAUGUCUGGAAAAGGAAUUAGUCAUCACUGGAGAUACAGAUCGGCAAAAAAGCUCACUGGAACACAGUCAAAUCUUUGAAAGCUCAAAUGGGAACAAAUCUAAACAGUAUAUUUUGCUUUUUGGAAAUGCUGGCAUGGGGAAAACCACCUUUAUCAGGAAGCUGUGCCUUGAUUGGUCAAGAAACUGCAUCUCUCAGUUUGACUUUGUCUUCCUGUUUGAUGGCUCAGCGCUCACUUUAACGGAGCCCAUCUAUAGCCUUCAGACGCUCCUUCUCAGCCUUUCCUCCUUUGCUCCCUCCUGCAUGGACCCAGAGGCAGUAUAUGCUCAAAUCCUUGCAGCUCCUAAACGUGUGCUCAUCAUUUUUGAUGGGUUUGACAAGUUGCGGGAUUAUGAAAGUCUACUCCAGGCUCAAGAAAAAGACUUGGUAACAUCACUGCAGAAAGACAGCAAAGCACAGAUCUUCACAGUAAGACAGCUGUACGCCGCCAUGCUUCAGAGGGUCCUGCUUCCAGGCUGCACCCUUCUGCUUGCCAGCCGACCAAGAGGCACUGCCAGCCAGUUACUCCGGCGGGCAGAUAGCCUUCUAGAGGUGUGUGGUUUCACUCCAGCAAAUGUGGAGACAUACAUGUCUCAGUACUUCACAGAUCCUGAAGUCAGAGCGCCUGCCUUGGACUGCUUAAACAGCAGCAGCUACUUACGUCUCCUCUGCUGCAACCCUGGAUUGUGCCGCCUGGUGUGCAUGGUUUUGGAGCAAUCCAAAGGUUCAGAGGCCCUGCCAAGAACUUUAACUGGACUCUGUCAUCAAGUACUUUGUCUGAAAAUGGAAAAGGACAGAGGGAGCACACAGUCACAUGCUGAAAAGGACAUAUGUGUGCAAGCUGAACAAGAAACACAAACAGAAAUCUCUAACAGUUCUCAACCAAGGAGGAGUCAAAGAAAUAAGUCGACUCAGUCUAGAUCACAGGUACACACCUCCACUUUCACCUCAAGAGCAAGGAGGAGAAAAGAGCAGGAGAAGCUGGAGGAAGAAGAGGAUGAGGAUGUUUGCAGAAAAGGAAGGGACAGAGAAUUAUUGUCCAAGCUGAGCUCUUUGGCCUGGGAGGACGUCAAAGCCUCUUCCCCUAUUCAUCCAACAGGACGAGGCAUAUCUGCCAGACUCAAGGAGUUUGGACUCAAGACAGGACUCCUCGUCUCACAGCACCUGAGAACGAGGCCCCUCGUCUCAAGAGGUGAGAGAGAGGGAGGAGAAAAAGAGGACAAAAAUGAGAUGGGAGAGGAAGGAGAGAACAAGGAAAACAGAGAAGACAAUGACAUCAUCGUGGGCUGUGAUGAGCACAUCCUGAUGUGGGCCAACCCUUUUCUUCAGAGUUACAUGGCUGCAGUCCAUUUGUCUCUGUCAAGAACUGUAUCAGACCGUUCCUUUCUCCAGACCCUACCUUUCCAGACGAGUGCAAAAGGCCAGCGGCAGCCUCAAAGGGAAGAGCUUGAGCUCACUCAGCAGAUUACAGUCGGUCUCCUGUUCCACAAGAGGACAGAGCUGCAGAGGCUGCACUCCUACACAGAGACGGUGUUCAGAGAUAUGCUGGCCAGCAAGCAGGCUUUAGUAACAAAACACUUGGAGAGCCUUUCCUAUGGUGAACUGAGCCCCGCUCAGGUGCUGGAGGCAUGCCGCUACAUUUAUGAAGCAAGCUUCACACACGAAGAGACAGGCAGAGACAGUGGAAGCACUCAGCUGCUGACCCGUCUGGCAACAAAUCUUCCAGAACUCCUGACAUUUCAUGGAGUCCCUCUCAGCUCGCCAGAUGCAUUUACUGUGCAGAAUGCCCUCGAUCGUGGUGGGGCUGAAGGUAGAAGUUUCUGUUUGGAUCUGGAGGACUCUGGGGUGCAGAUUUGUGGACUCCGAGCUCUUGUGAGUCUCAACAACAUCAAUACAUACAGGGCUUGCAUUGCCGAUGUCAUCUCCCUUUGGGAGCAGCUGGAGCUGAGUGGUGAAGAAAAGCUCCUACAAAAAGCAGUGUCCAAGUUUAAGAUCCACCCUCUGAGAGUCACACAAGUGUGUCACAUAGAGCACCUAGAAAAGCUGGUGAACAUACACCUGCACAAGAGACUACCAGACAGCUCCGGCCAAUCAAAUUCCAUCCUGACAGAGGGAGUACCAGCAGUCAAAGAGCUGCACAAGCUGGAAUUUGAGCUUGGUCCAGAAAAGGGUCCUCUGGCUCUUCCUAAGCUUUGGGACCUCCUGCCAGGGCUGCAUAACCUACAACACUUGGAUCUAGAAAAAAGUAAGAUAGGGGACAAAGGUGCAGAGAAACUGGCUAAUGCAUUAACAUCACUCCGGUCGCUGGAGGUACUCAAUCUUUCACAGAACUGUAUAGGAGACCAGGGAGUUAAGAAACUGGCACUUGCACUAAAGGACCUGCCCAAACUGCACUGUUUAAGCCUCUACAGUAAUGUGAUUUCUGACGAAGGGGCGGAGAGUUUAGCAGCUGUCCUUCCGCACAUGGCUUCCCUCACUGACCUCGAUGUGAAGUAUAACAAGCUGACGGAUGUUGGAGCGCAGAGCCUUGGAGCCAGUCUGAGAAACUGUAAGAAGAUUAAAACUCUGAGGAUGUGGAAUCAGUGUAUUCCCUACGGAGUCUUUGAGAGACUUCAGCAGCAGGACAGCCGCAUCCUUUGGCAUUAGAGUGAUGAUUAAAGGUCUUUUCUUCCAACCAGUGAGCUUUUCAUCAAGCAUACAGCUGAACACUACACAAGUCUUCCAGAGCAUGACAAGAAAGAAGCGCUUGUGCCAGCUUGCACUCAUCAUGUGAGAUUCAUAUUGUGUCUGAAACUGUACUUUAAUAUGUGCACCUCAAUGCGCUGCAUAUGGCUGACUGUAAUACUUAAUACAAACUUAAUAAGUAACUUUGCACUACUUUGAUGUUGUUUUAGGGUUGUUUGUCCUUGUAUAUAUGUUGUUUUUUUUUUAAGUAUUAUCGUUUGCAGUUUUUGUAGCUGGACAUGAUAAUUUUCUUAUCAGCUGGCACUUUAUUAGAAUGACAGUAUUCAGUUUUGUUCUCUUCUUUGUUCUGUUUUCCAUUUUUGUCUAAAUUAGUUUUAUUAAAAAGUGUUCCUUUCA